AUGUCUGAAAUCACCCUCGUCGUGCGCCCUCGUGGCCGCCCGAUCAAAAAUCUCCCGGACACGAUCACAGUGCAGGCAGACGGAGUGGCCAGCCAGAUUCACCAGAAGAUCGCAGACGCCUCCAAAUUCUCCAUUCACCGCUUGAGGGUCACGAAGGGCAGCGAUGGCUCGCCAAUCCCCAACACCAAGGAGGCAACGGUCCAUGAAACGGGCUUGAGGAAUAAGAGCGCUAUUGACGUGAAGGACCUGGGCCCCCAGAUCUCAUGGCGGACCGUCUUCAUUAUCGAAUACCUCGGACCUCUCCUCAUUCACCCGCUCGUGUACUACGGGCGCCCUCUGAUCUAUGGCAGCUCGGAGGCCCCGUCAGAACUCCAGAAGAUCACCAUGGUCAUGUGUGUACUGCACUUCUUGAAGCGCGAGUACGAGACCUUGUUCGUGCACCGCUUCUCAGCCGCCACGAUGCCCGCACGCAACAUCUUCAAGAACAGCGCACACUACUGGAUCUUAUCUGGCAUCAAUCUGGCCUACUGGGCCUACGCUCCGUGGGCGCCCACCGCCGGCAAAUCGAACCCGCUCAUCACUUACGCCGGUAUCACCCUCUUUGCCGUCGGCGAGGUGCUCAACUUCUACACGCACAUUGUGCUUAAGAACCUGCGGCGUCCUGGCACCACCGAGCGGGGCAUUCCCAGAGGCAUCGGUUUCAGUCUGGUCACAUGCCCAAACUACUUCUUCGAGAUUAUGGCGUGGAUUGGCGUAUCGCUUGUGAGCUGGAGUCUCAGCACCGUGUUGUUCCUCGUGAUUGCGGGCGCGCAGAUGGGUGCCUGGGGCAAGAAGAAGGAGCGCAGGUACCGUAGUGAGUUCGGCGACAAGUACAAGAAGAAGCGAUAUGCGAUCUUCCCCGGUAUCUUCUGA